AUGACGCUGCUUGUGGACCGGCAUGUACAGUUCAUCAAGAAGCUCGAGCAGAAGCGCGAUAGCAGCCUUGCCUACCACAUGACAGCGCAUCUGCGGAUGAAUGGGGUGUACUGGGGUCUGUGUGCUUUAGAGAUCAUGCACGCCGGCGACGCACUAGACCGGGACGCGCUGAUCGAGUUUGUGCUGAGCUGCUACGACGAGACCACGGGCGGCUUUGGCUCCUACCCAUCCCAUGAUGCACACAUGCUCAGCACAUUAAGUGCGAUUCAGAUCCUCGCGCUUAAGGAUGCGCUUCCAGUGCUGGGCGAGCGUCGUGCGAGGAUUGUGCAGUUUGUGCUGCAGCUGCAGCGCCCCAACGGCUCAUUCCAGGGAGACCGCUGGGGUGAGACGGAUACACGUUUCCUGUACUGUGCAGUGAGUGCGCUCGCGCACCUCGGGGCACUCGACCAGCUGGAUCACGAAAAAACGAUCAGCUGGAUUUUGCGGUGUGCGAACAUGGACGGCGGCUUUGGUCUCACGGAAGGAGCCGAGAGCCAUGCAGCCCAAGUGUUCACGUGUGUGGCCGCCCUCUCGAUUCUACAGGCACUUCACCGCCUUGACCAGGAUACGCUGGCGUGGUGGCUCGCGGAAAGACAGGUACCGGGCGGUGGGCUGAAUGGGCGCCCUCAGAAGCUCGAAGACGUGUGCUACAGCUGGUGGGUCCUUGCCUCGCUGAGCCUGCUGCAGCGCCUGCACUGGAUCGACGCAGACAAGCUGCGUGCUUUCAUCCUUUCGGCACAGGAUCCCGACGGCGGCGGCAUUGCCGACCGCCCAGACAAUGUAGCCGACGUGUUCCACACGUUGUUUGGUGUGGCUGGGCUUGCGCUGCUGGGCCACCCGGGCCUAGCCCGUGUCGACCCGACUUACUGCAUGCCAAGCACAGCCGUUCCAUGA